UGAAGCUGUCAGAGGAAGCGUCGCUGUCUGAGCAUUCUCUCUCUAUCCCCUUCUUCAGUCCUUUUCCAGGACCAUGGAUGAGCCUCACACAUCAGAGACCUGGAUGUUGCUGCUAAACUCGAAAACAAACCGAAUUCACGACAAAAAACCGCUGAUGACGGAACAAAUAUUAUCCUACGGUGGUUCAGCACCAGCACUCACUGUGUUCUUCUGUUUCAGUGAGUGAAGAGGCAAGAGGCUGCACCAGUCAGGGAAAGCCGGGAGUGAUAGAGGGGCAGAGAAGGAGCACAGCCACGGAAUAAUGGGGCAAGGCCCGACGCUGCUGAGAGGGAGGUGAGUGUUCAGUGAAGCUCUCAGGUAACUACAGCGGAACUAAAGUGCUUCUUCAGUGACUUGUUGAAAUUGUGGAAAAGAUACAGAUGCAAAUAAUCAUUAAGUCAUUCAUCAACUGUUAUGAAGCGCUGGUUUAUUUAAUUUUGUUCUCAGUUGGUCCCUGCAUCUUUUUGUUAUGUGUGGCUGGCUGCUGUCUCUCCUUACUCUCUCUGAUUUCCCUCCUCCCUUUCUCUGUGUAAUUGCAGCACACCUGAGUGCUGUUAGCACUUAGGGAGGAGGAGGGUAUUUAGGGAGGCAGGAGAGAGCAGCAGUCAGAGCAGAGAUUGGAGAACCUCCCAGCCACACAUCCUCCUGGACAAACACGUGAGGGGUUUGGUUGCAUUUAUAACUUUUCCUUUUGUGAUUAACAUUGUGUUUUUUUUUCGUUUCAGGUACUUUGGCUAUUCCCUCCCCACGCAUGUUUAAAUUGCUGGGUUUUGUUGUUUUAGUUUGGCUGUAGUUGCUGGUAGUCCUAUUUUCGCUGUUUUCUUUUGUAGUAUUAAUUUGUGGUUAGGAAGUUUAGUACGGGGUGGUGACUGGUCCGAGAGCCCAUUGCAGGGUUAGCCACGUUCACCACCCCUCUUUUGUUUCUUUUGGCCAGCAGCUACAGCCCUUUUACUUUCAUCAUUAUUUUCAUCUUCGUUGAUUUACGUUAGUUGACUUAAUUGUUAAUAAAGUUGGGUUUUUCCCUAUUCUCACGUUACCUGCCGUGCCUGUCUAAUUUAUAUGUUGCCGGUCUCUUUGUUUAUUCCAGCCUUGUCAACUUUAAAGAGGCCGUAACAUAUAUGGGGGCUCGUCUAAAACGCGUUGAGAGGCGUUUAUUUGUAGGCUUUAUUGAGGCACUUAUAGUACUGAUAAUUUGUUUGUUUUCUUGUCAGUAUUUGUUGCUUUGGCGUGGUUUUUUGUAGUUGGUGUUGCUCCAUGUUAAUUUGUUUAUUUAACUGGGGGAUUGUUUUUGCCGUUACUUUGAUACAUUGUUUACCGUUUUGUUAAACACGUUUUGCCUACUUGUUAGUAUCUUUGUUUUCGUGUGCUUUACUAUUUACGCACAUGUAUCAUUAGACAGAGUUACGUGUAUGUCCAGGAAGUUUUUUUGGAGUGUGUUGUGCCAUUUGUCAUCUCUGCUCUUGUUUGUGCUCGUGUGGCGGCUAAACUUUUCGGCGGUGAAAUUGUUGAGGAAUUUUUUUUUUCUUCUGUAACAAUGGAGUUUAAUAUUGAUGAGUUUAUGGCUCAUCCGAGCCUUGAGAUAUUAAACAGAUGCAAGAAGGAGCACUUGCUUAUAUUUGCCGACCGUUUUGAAAUUAGCGUUUCAAAACAGAGUAAGUUGCAGAUAUUAAAAUCUGAACUUAUCGCCGCUUUGUCUGAGAAAGGAGCGCUUGAAAUUGAUCCGGAUGCUCCAGCCUCAGGAACACCUGCUGUGCAGCGUGACUCCAGCGACUUGGUCCGCCUUAAGGAGCAGGAGUUGGAAAUGCGCCACUUAGCUUUAAAAGAAAAAGAACUGGAUAAUGAAAAAGAACUAAGAGAAAAACAGUUAACGCUGGAAUGAGAAUUUCGUAAAAGAGAUUUAGAUAUUAAGCAAUCAGCUGUCUCUUCAUCUCCAAAUGGCGGUGACUUUGAUUUAAAUAAAUGUAUUCGUUUAGUCCCGCAAUUUAAUGAGAAAGAUGUUGAUUCGUAUUUUGUUAUGUUUGAACGUGUUGCCAAUACUCUUAAGUGGCUAGGACUGUGUGGACUUUAUUAUUGCAGUCGGUAUUGACGGGGAAAGCUCAAAUAGCUUAUAUUUCUAUGUCGCCUGAUCAGUGCUUGGACUACGAUAAAGUAAAAGCGUCUGUGUUGCGCGCGUACGAGUUAGUGGUGUUUUUUCUGGCCUGGUUUGAAGCGCGAUGUGCGACAACACUGCAAAACCUGUCAUGUGUUGUAACAGUCAUUACUAUUGUCAUUACUAUGGUAUUCCGCUAUCUCGCCACACGGUGGCGCCUUGGUAAUUUGGUAUGGUUAAUAGGUCACUCUUCUUCCCUUUUUUUCAUGGUUCCUAGUUUCCCGUUGCUUGUGUCAUGGACUCGGCCGUGUGUACGCGGACCUCUGUGCUCACUAAAGUAAUAUGUGGUAGAGCUGACUUUUAUAUUUUUAUUUCUAAAAUAAAUGGAAACCUGUGGAAAUCUACAAGUCUUCGCUCUUUUUGCUAUCCACUAGCACAAGUCCAUGGCUGACUACUCCUCAGCUCAUACUACCACACGUUACAGUGUGUCAAGUUUGUGGGAAACCCAAUCAAAUAAUUCCCCAGUAUCCAUUACACCCGAUUCCGGUUGUGGGUGAGCCAUUUGAACGCGUAAUAGUAGACUGUGUUGGCCCUUUUCCGCGCACUAAAAGUGUUAAUAAAUUUCUUCUGACCAUCAUGUGCUCUGUGACCCGCUUUCCUGAGGCUAUCCCAAUGCGUAAAAUCACUGCUCCUGCAGUUGCAAAAGCCCUGGUGAAAUUCUUCUCUCUGUUUGGGUUGCCUAAGGAAAUACAAACUGACCAAGGCUCCAACUUUAUGUCACGAGUCUUUGCGCAGGUCAUGAAACAGCUGGAUAUUACUCAUCACUAUUCUAGCGCUUACCAUCCAGAAAGCCAAGGCGCUCUGGAGCGUUUUCACUCCACACUAAAGAGCAUGCUCCGGGCAUAUUGUUUUGAGGUUGAAAAAGACUGGGAUGAGGGCGUUCAUCUCCUCCUGUUUGCGGCUCGCGAGGUAGCUCAGGAGUCUUUGGGGUUUAGUCCAGCGGAGCUGGUGUUCGCGCACACUGUGCGCGGCCCAUUAAAACUCCUGCAGGAAAAGUGGCUGGAUGAUAAUAAACCACAGAAUCUGUGUGAUUAUGUUUCAAACUUUCGUGGUAAACUUCACCGUGCGUGUGAAUUAGCGAAGCAAAAUAUGUCCAUUACUCAGGCUAAAAUGAAGCGAUGGUUUGAUAAAGACGCUAAAAACAGAAGCUUCAGUCCCGGUGACACAGUGUUAGUUUUGUUGCCUGUCCCCGGUUCGGCCCUACAAGCUCGUUACAGCGGUCCUUAUGUGGUCAAGGAGAAACUAGGUGAUCGAGAUUACAUUGUAGCCACCCCUGACCGUAAACGACGUAACCGAGUGUGUCAUGUAAACAUGUUGAAGCCUUACCUCUGCAGGGAAUCUACUCAUCCGACUCCUGGCAGUGAAGUGCACAACACCGUGCUGGCGCUGUCCAGUGCUGAAGCUGCGGUGAGUUCCCAGGUGAUGGAGGAGCUGUCCGGUGCUGGAACCCCCAGGGUGCUGCCCACGGUGGCUGCAGCUGACCUCGAGGACGUGGUGGGUCCGUCCCUAGCUGUGGUCCAAGGCAGACUGCAGAAUUCGGCAAUGUCUAAACUUGACGAGUGUUUUUUGCACCUCAGAGUCCCAGCGUGAGGAUGUGGUCCAGUUAAUUAAAUCGAAUGUUUCAUUGUUUUCUGAUGUGCCCACACAAACUAAUGUCCUUGAGCACGAUAUCGACGCUGGUGACGCUUCUCCAAUUAAGCAGCAUGCUUAUCAGGUAAAUCCGGAGAAGCGUGCUCGCCUACAAAAACAGGUCGACUAUAUGCUGGAGAACGGCAUUGCCGAACAGAGCUCCAGUUCGUGGAGUUCACCGUGUCUCCUGUCGGUGAAGUCCAAUUCAUCUGAUCGUUUUUGUACGUACUUCUGUAAAGUAAAUGGUGUCACUAAGCCCGAUUGUUAUCCACUCCCUCAAAUCGAUGACUGUGUAGAUCAUGUCGGCAGUGCUACUUAUGUGACAAAGCUAGAUCUCCUUAAAGGCUAUUGGCAGGUACCUUUGACUUUGCGCGCUAAGGAGAUGACUGCGUUUGUCACUCCAGACGCCUUUUUGCAGUAUACGGUUAUGCCCUUCGGCGUAAGAAAUGCCCCGGCGACUUUUCAGCGUUUGGUCAACACUGUUUUGCAUGGUUUACCUGGUUGUGAGGCUUACCUCGACGAUAUAGUGGUGUAUUCGAGAUCGUGGGUGGACCAUAUUCAGCAGCUAGGGGCAGUGUUUGCAAGGCUACGUGACGCCAAUCUGACCCUUAACUUGGCAAAAUGCGAAUUUGGUCAGGCCACUGUCACAUACCUAGGAAAGGUUGUGGGUCGUGGGCAAGUUGGGCCAGUAGAGGCGAAGGUGGAGGCGAUCCUGUCGUUUCCUGCUCCUGCGUCUCGGCGUCAGCUACGUCGCUUUCUGGGAAUGGCGGGGUAUUACCGUAGUUUUUGUAAGAACUUCUCGGCUGUCGCCGCCCCACUCACAGACCUCCUUAGCCCAAAAAGGCGUUUCUAUUGGUCAGAUCAGAUGACUGUCAGCGUGCUUUCGAAUGUGUUAAGGCACUGUUAUCAAACGGCCCUGUUUUGGCUGCGCCAGUGUUUGACCGUCCUUUCAAACUAGCGGUAGACGCAAGUGACGUAGGAGCCAGUGCUGUCCUCCUCCAGGACGAUGAGAAUGGUGUCGAGCAUCCGAUCUCCUACUUCUCAAAAAAAUUUAACAGCCAUCAGCAUGUAUAUUCCACCAUUGAGAAGGAGGCACUUGGCCUAGUUUUGGCCUCAUUCCAUUUUGAGGUGUAUGUCGGCUCCACCUCAGGUCCAGUUAUUGUGUAUACAGACCACAAUCCCCUGGUUUUCAUUCAACAAAUGCGGAAUAAAAAUCAGAGAAUCAUGCACUGGUCGCUCUCGCUGCAAUCGUUUAAUCUAGGGGUUAAACAUAUUAGGGGUGAGAGAAAUGUAGUGGCAGAUGCGUUGUCACGUGUAUGUUGCGUGUAGGUUGGGGCGAACCUCCACGCAACAUCUUAUUGGGGGGGGGGUGUUACGUGUGGCUGGCUGCUGUGUCUCUCCUUGCUCUCUCUGAUCUCCCUCCUCCCUUUAUCUGUGUAAUUGCAGCACACCUGAGUGCUGUUAGCACUUAGGGAGGAGGAGGGUAUUUAGGGAGGCAGGAGAGAGCAGCAGUCAGAGCAGAGAUUGGAGAACCUCCCAGCCACACGUCCUCCUGGACAAACAUUUGAGGGGUUUGGUUGCAUUUAUAACUUUUCCUUUUGUGAUUAACAUUGUGUUUUUUUUUCGUUUCAGGUACUUUGGCUAUUCCCUCCCCACGCAUGUUUAGAUUGCUGGGUUUUGUUGUUUUAGUUUGGCUGUAGUUGCUGGUAGUCCUAUUUUCGCUGUUUUCUUUUGUAGUAUUAAUUUGUGGUUAGGAAGUUUAGUACGGGGUGGUGACUGGUCCGAGAGCCCAUUGCAGGGUUAGCCACGUUCACCACCCCUCUUUUGUUUCUUUUGGCCAGCAGCUACUGCCCUUUUACUUUCACCAUUAUUUUCAUCUUAGUUGAUUUACGUUAGUUGAAUUAAUUGUUAAUAAAGUUGGGUUUUUCCCUAUUCUCACGUUA